AUGUCCGACGAUGAGGAGUACUACGAAUGGGAGGAGGAAUAUCUAAUUGAGGAUGUGCCGGACUUUGUUGACGAACUCGCCCAAACCUCAUACUACGAAGCGGCCCUGUACGAAGACCCGGGAAUCGAAGCGGAGGACUACACUAGUGACUGGGAAUACUAUACAGACGAUUAUUACGAUGAAGAUCCGACAGUGAAGCCUGCCCCCGUCGCGAAAGACACGGACACGAAAACCCGCCGAGCAAACCGCGCCCCCAGGCUGAAAUCCUCCAUAAAGCCAGACAUCACUACCUUCCAAGGUGUAGUCUGGAAGACAUCCAGCCUGGAAAAGGACCAGGAUGUUGCUAUUCAAAUCUACGAACCAGGUGCUGGUGAGCAAGUGGCGCUGCUAAAAAACUGGCGCGAGGUUUUCAAAUACGCCCAGCCUGCACUGGACAAGUCGCGCUUGCGCAAGAGGAAGGCGGAGAGCGUAUGCGGCCCAGAGCCUGUUCUCGCCGAUGACGAAUUCCCAUGCGAUAACGAUCGAGACGACAGUUCGAACCAGAUGUCGGAUAUCGUGUCCAUGGAUCACACAACAGAGAAUGGCGAUGCGGGCGAUGCGUCAAAUACAACACCGGAACCGCCUCAACCGCUGAAGCGCGAGUCCAACUUGGCUGUUGUGAUUCCGGCGAAGAAAGGCCGUAAACGAAAAGCGGAGGUUCUCCCAGAGACAACUGAAAAGUCCGUUGAGACUACGCCGCGGGCGAAACGCAUUGCGUCGAAGAAAAGGGAUGUGGAUAGCGGGACGAAAGCUUCAUCUGGCCCUGUGCGCAGGUCGACCAGGCAGAAGAAGUAG